CCGACAAAUUGGCUGGUAUCUAUUAUCUAAUCUAAACUUAUCCUUUUCUUUCUGUGGCUUCACUCUCUCGUAUGCCUAUUCAGUUCAGAGGAGCAGUCUAUGAAACUUGAAGUAUCUCCUUGAGCUCAAUAAUCUUGUGACUUCUUUCUCUCUUCCUCCAGCUAAAGGUUUCUUGUCCAUAUUCUUUUCCUCUAAUUUUUCUCUUUAUUUUGACUUUAAAAAAGAGUUCAAGAAAGAUACAAAAUAGAGAGGCAGGCGUAUGGCUGUAAUUACCGGGGCAACUUCCUGGUCUUCCACCCUCUCUUCAAACCCAGCAUCAGCUCACAAGAUUGAACGCAAGCUUUGUACCCUCCCCAGUAUCACUUUCUAUUUGGAAAGACAUGUAAAGACCCAAUUUUUAAUUUCCCCAACAAGCCAAACUCACCCAACAUCACUACUCUUUGCAACACUGAGGAGUCCCAGAGGCUUUGGACCCUCUCAAAGGAAAACCAAGAAGACCAAGAAGCCAAGCAAAGAUGAUGAUGAUGAUGAUGAUGAUGAGGAAGAGGAAGAAGAGCCUGAUCAAGGCGUGAUACCAGAGGUAGUGACCAACAGAAUGAUGAGCAGGAUGGGGUUCUCAGUGGGGAUACCACUGUUCAUAGGGCUUUUGUUCUUCCCAUUCUUUUACUAUCUGAAAGUUGGAUUGAAGAUUGAUGUACCCACAUGGGUACCCUUCAUUGUGUCAUUCUUCUUCUUUGGAUCUGCUCUCUUAGGUGUGAGUUAUGGGAUUGUAUCCUCUAGUUGGGAUCCAAUGAGGGAAGGUUCACUCUUGGGUUGGAAUGAGGCUAAGAAGAACUGGCCUGUCUUUUGGCAAUCACUUUGGGGUGGAUCUAGGAAAAAGUAGGGUAUUUUUAUCUUACAUCUGUACAUCUAUUGACAUAAGACAAGCCUAGCAAAUCUAACCUACGAAACUCUACAUUUGAUUAGGCGGAAAAUGUUUUCCUUAAGAAAAAUUUUUCAUUGGAAAACAUUUUCCAAAAGAAUGGCUUGUUUUUUGUAUGUUUGAUUGCAACUAAAAUGAUCCUGAGAACAUUUUGUAUUAUUUGAUUCACACAGAAAAGUAUUACUUUUACAUGUAAACUCAAUGGUGGUAGAGGAGGUGCUGUCGGAGGUGAUCGAACGUAGUAGUGACAAAGAUUGUAGAGGUGGUUUAGGGGGGUGGGGGGAGGUGAUAGUAGUAAUGGCUAAAUGGUCCUUGGUGAUGCUUGCCAUUGGCAUGAGAUCAGUGGCAACAACAGAGAUAGUUUGGUGGGGGCGGUGGCAGUGAUGUUGAUGAUGUUUGGUGUGGGUAGCAUAAAAAAAUGGAAAGGGCUUGCAUAAGAGAAUGACUAAAAACGCAGAAAAGAGGUUGAUUAUUGAGCUUCUUUUCUUAUUCUUCUUUUGUUUAUAUCAAAUAAUAAUUAUCUCCUACAUUUAAUAUAUGUA